UUUCAGACACAUGGAGCUCUACUCUGUUGGCCCGCUGCUGUCCGUCACUGCCUCAACCUCUCUCUGACAAGGAGAUGAGGAGGGGGGAGGAGAGAGAGGCUGUGUGUGUGUGUGUGUGUGUGUGGCAGAGAGAGAGAGAGAGAGAGAGGAGAAAGAGGGGGUUGGCUUUAGUGCGAUGUGAAUGGAAUAGAAUCAGCGCGAGAGGGAGAAAGAGGGAGGAGGAGGACGGCACAAAUCAACCUGCCUCUUGACUUCAACAACAGAAUAGAGCAGCCGGUAGACACAGAGAUCGGGAAGUGUGUGUGUGUCGGUUCUGUUUUAUUUCUACGCUUGGAGAGAGGAAGAGAGCGGCAGACAGGAGGAACUGAAGCAGGAGGAGAAAGAGAAAGAGCCUCACCGUGGAGAUAGAUAGCAGAAAAAUGCUGUCAUGGGGAGAGAAGGGGAGGGAGUCGGCAGAGAGGAACAGGAUGAAACAAGGCAGGGUCGAGCUGAGCUGAAAUGUGGAGGUGUCCAGUGUACCAAAAGGGAAGCAGCAGGCACUGAAGAGUGCAGUUGAAUGGACGCCAUGUUCGAAGGGUUAAAAGAGCCUCUCAGAUACAGGACUCGGGCGAUGACCCUCUCAUCCUUACUCUGCAGGAAUGAGAAACCCCCAACUGGAGCACCACCAAAACACGCAUCUGCUCUCCAGGACAAGGACUGAUUCAUGGGUCGGGGUCUCGCAACAGACACAGCUGCAUAUUCUCCUCCAUCGUCUUCAUUUGCACUUAAGAACUUGUUGACUUGUCAUUUCAAAGUGUGGCCUCUCACGGACACGUCGAUGAGAGCCCAAGGGUGGAAAAAGUUAAAAGAUUGUAAUUUGUGCGAAUGAGAAGUUUAUUUGUGGGGGUUUUUUAAUCGCUCCUGUUUCAUACCAGCACCAUAGAGAACAGGACAGACAUUUUCCUGGAGGAGCAGAACGCUCUGGAGCAGAGUGGGGGAAGCGAUUGUUGGACUGGUGUGUAUUUCUCAGGCGCCAUGCAGUCGGACGACCUCUUCAUCCGCAAGUUCCGCCGGCAGAACAUGCGGCCGCCUAUCGCCACCGUCAACUUUGACCCCAAGCGCGAGGCAGGCGUAGUGGAGUGGCCUCCGAGGAGAGAGACCGAUGUAGUUGACGGAGAAAGCCUGACACCGAGCCGCGUGGGGCUGACGCUGAGGUCGGUGGGCCGGGGCCACAUCAUGCAGAGGAGUAACAGCGACGUCACCCUGGGAGACCUGGACUCCUCAGGGAAGGCAGGGGGGAAAGCAGCCCGGGUGGUUGGUGAGAAGGUGGGUGCGGGGGCUCAGGGGGAUGGGGGGGUGCUGCUACACAGGGAAUACGGCAGCCUGUCCUCACUGGAGAGACAGAUUCAAAUUCAGGAGCUGAGCACAGACGAUCAGGGGCCCCUGAGUCCGAACGCCCUGCGCUUCAAAGACCCUUUCCUGCUUUUGGGACUGCAGGGCAACCCUCCAGAGCCGGAUGGAUUCUUUCGGGGUCUGAUUGGGUCUUUAGGGGACUCCCCAAAACCCCCCAAGCCCCCAAAGCCUGAAGGUCUAAGUAAGAAGGCCAAACCCCCCCAUAUCCCUCAACCGGGUCCCUAUGAUAACAUCGGGGGCGGGGCCUGGGUGAGGAACUUCGCCCACUAUGAUGUCCAAAGCAUCCUGUUUGACCUCACCGAGGCGGCCAUGAACAGAGACAGCAUCGGACGGAAAAAGAACAUCACCUCGGGGGCUUCGGCCGCCUCCCAGCUGCGCCCCCUGUCCCAGGCCAACCCGUCCUCGCCCGCGCAGGGAGGGGGGGGCAACGGGGUCAACGCAGAGGACCCCGAGCAGUCGCUGCUGCUGGACGAAGGCGACGGCAACGACAACGAACUCCUGCUCAGCUGCCCACACUUCCGCAAUGAGACGGGCGGAGAGGAGCAGGUGGGGCUGGACCAGUCCCAGGAGAGGAGGGGGCUCUGCCUGAGGACCCCCAACGAUGCAGUGUCGGUCCUGGAGGAGCCCAGAGAGAGUCACGUGCAACAGCAGGGGAAGAGCAACUACUUUAUAGAGCACGCAGACCUGGGAGCCCAUUACUAUCGCAAAUACUUCUACAUGAAAGAACACCAGAAUUUCUUCGGGAUGGACGAUCGCCUCGGUCCGGUGGCCAUCAGUUUCCGUCGGGAGGAGAAAGAUGGGUCCAGCGGAGCUCAGUACAAUUACCGAAUCAUCUUCCGCACCACAGAGAUGAAGACGCUGAGAGGAUCCAUCUUCGAGGAGUCCGUGCCUUCUGCCGCGCGUCACACCACCCCUCGGGGCUUGUCUCCAAAGAGGCUUCUGGAGUUCAUCAUGCCUGAACUGAACCUGCACUGCCUUCGCUUGGCCUCAAACUCCCCCAAGGUCCGGGACACCCUGCUGAAGCUGGACGAACAGGGGCUGAAUUUCCAGCGUAAGGUCGGGGUGAUGUACUGCCGCGCGGGGCAGAGCUCGGAGGAAGACAUGUACAACAACGAGAGCUCGGGCCCGGCGUUCGAAGAGUUCCUGGAUCUGCUCGGGGAGCGCGUGCGGCUGAAGGGCUGGGAGAAAUACCGAGCUCAACUGGACAACAAGACGGACUCAACUGGGACACACUCCCUCUACACGCGCUACCAGGACUAUGAGAUUAUGUUCCAUGUGUCCACGAUGCUGCCCUACACAUCCAACAACACACAACAGUUGCUGAGGAAGCGACACGUCGGUAACGACAUCGUGACGAUCGUGUUCCAGGAGCCGGGUGCGCUGCCGUUCACGCCAAAGACCAUCCGCUCUCAUUUCCAACAUGUCUUUAUCAUCAUCCAGGUUCAUGAGCCGUGCACUGACAACACCUAUUACAGGGUGGCUGUGACACGCUCUAAAGACAUGCCGUUAUUUGGCCCCCUGUUCCCUAAGGGCGCACGAUUCCCUCGCUCCUCCGCCUUCAGAGACUUCCUCCUGGCGAAGGCGGUGAACGCUGAAAACGCUGCAGAGAAGUCGGAGAAGUUCCGCUCCAUGGCCACCCGCACGCGGCAGGAAUACCUGAAGGACCUGGCAGAAAACUAUGUGACCACCACGCCCAUCGACUCCUCCACCAAGUUCCCCCUGCUCUCUCUGGGAGGAAAGCGCAAGGACAAGCUGAAGGGCGCCAAAGGGGCGGAGCUACACAGUGCGGGGGCGCUGGUGUGGGCCGUGAUGGUCAACAGCGGGUAUGAAACGGAGGCGGGGGAGCACAGACUGCCCUGUCUGCUCGGGGUCUCCGCUGAGUCCGUGGUGCUCAUAGAGAGGUGCACGCGCAGGGUGGUGUUCAACUGCUCCUGUCGAGAUGUCAUCGGCUGGAAGGCGGUGACAGAGACUAAGCAGGGGGGGCCCUACUUGGAUAUCUUCUACGAGCGUGGGGAGUCAGUGUCAAUCAGUGUGAUGGAGAGCCAGGCGGAGGACAUACGAGAGGUGGUGCAGAGGCUCGAGCUGGUGACGCGGGGCUGUGAGGCUCUUGAGGUCACGCCCCUGCGCGACGGGGUGGGGCAGCCCGGCUUCCUGAUGAACGAGGAGGGCUUUGUGACGGAACUGCAGCGGUUCUGUUACGCUGAGAGCGGAGGCCUGCAGCUGUGGGCCCGCGUGGUGCGGCUCUGCGGACACUCGCUGGUUCACUUGAGCCCCGACGAGAGGGUCCGGCUGCUCCGCACGGCACACAAGAUCCACAUCACCGUCAUCCCUCCGGACGAGAACGGCAAGCCUCGCAGAAGUUUCUCCGAGCUCUACCAGAAGGCCAUCAAGGACGCUGAGUGUAAACCCGGAGAGGAUCAGUCCGGAGAGGCCUGGGUGCUGGACGAGAGGGAAGAGGAAGAGGUGGAAGCAGAGGGGGCGGAGGAGGAAGAGGAGGAGGAGGUGGAGGAAGUGAAAGAGGAUACGCUGAAGGCGAGUGAGGUCAUUGAAGCGGAUGUGACGGAGGUGAAGGUGGAGGACGAAGAGGACGUAGGACGGUGGUGUGAUGAAGGGCAAAGCGAGAGAAGUCCCGGGUCGCUCCUCACACCCCCCAGCCUCCCUCUGUUACGAGCCACUUCCCUGCAGGAGCAGCCGGCCAAUCAGAGCCAAGAAGGAGGCCUCUCACAUCUCACACGCAGCUGCUCUUACACCGACACGUGCGAUAGGCACGUGUACGACAACGUGGGGCUGAAGGGGGAACGCCACAUCUACGAGAACGACGGCGGCGAGCUGAGGGACGCCAUGCCCGAUUUGAUCCUGGCUGUCAAACCCAAUGUUCCCCUGGAGGACGAGCAGUUCAUGGCCGCUGAGUUUGGUGAUGACAAAGCUUCGGUGAGUGACUCGUCGACCCGCCUGUCGUGUUUAGACCGCGCCGAAAGAAAUUCACGAGCCCUAAGUCUUCAUAACUCCAUCACCAAGAGUAAGUACUUCCUGCUAAUGUACAUCACAAAUCUUACUAACAAAAGGAAUGUUACAUAAAUGUAUAAAUGUGUA